AUGGAACCAAUACCUUUUAAGACGGUUCAUUUGGAUCAUCUUAGUCCAUUCCCAAAAAGUAAAAAACAAAACGAGCAUAUAUUAGUUUUUGUGGACUCAUUUACGAAGUUCACAAUUGUGAGAGCUGUAAGAAGCACAGCAACACGACAUGUUAUUGGAUUACUAAAUGAGGUGAGCAGCUACUUUGGUGUACCAGCGAGAAUAGUGACCGAUCGAGGGACAGCGUUUACGUCUAACGAUUUCCAGAAAUACUGUAAAGAUAACGACAUUAAACAUAUACUUAAUGCCAUACGAACACCACGAGCGAAUGGUCAUGCAGAAAGAGCUAAUCGUACGAUCAUGAGUAUGUUACUUCCGUCCACAAGCGAGAACAAAUGUUGGGAUGAAGAAGUACGAGCUAUACAAUGGACGUUGAAUUCUACAAAGAACAAAACUACAGGUCGAUCACCACAAGAACUAUUAUUUAACUUCAAGCCAAGAGAUAUAUUACAAAAUAAACUUAUACUAGCGCUACAUAAAGAUGAAAUCAUAACAAACGAAGAACUCCAGGAUGUACAACGAGAAGCAGCAGAACGAGCGAAUCAACAAAGAAGAAAAGCAAAGAUAAGGUUCGACGAAAAGCAUGGUCGACCAAUACGCUAUACUGUAGGUGACUUAGUACUUACAGAAAAUGAGCCUGUUAGUACGGGAAGUUCACGCAAAUUAGAACCUCCGUACAAAGGGCCAUUUAUCAUAACAAAAGUAAUAGGUAAUGACCGAUAUUUAAUCGAAGAUGUGCCAGGUUCAAGUCGUAAACAGCGGCACUACUCCUCGAUACACGCAGCUGACAAACUAAAACCAUGGUGUAUCCUUCCGAAUUUUGACGGUUUCAAUGAUGGCGGCGAUGGAUCCGAGGUCGUAUCCAGUGAUCAGGAUUGA